GGAGGGAGAAGGAGAAGGGAAAGUGGGGUGGAGCCAGUCCUGGAUAAAUACUCCCAGUGGCCAGUCUUGGAGUCCGAGUCUCUGCUGCUGUCACCAAAGCCAGAGUCCAAGUCCACUCUCAGACAGCCUGGAUAACCUCCCUGCCAUGUCUUGUCUACGGCCCCUCCUGCUCUUAGCACUGCUGGUUCUAGGGACCCAGAUUUCUUAUGCUCAGCACUGGUCCCAUGGCUGGUAUCCUGGGGGGAAGAGGGCCCUGGAUGGCAUCCCAGGCCUAGAGGCCUCUGAAGAAGGGAAGCCCUGUGAUGGUGGUGAGAGGUCCCUGCUAAAGAUGCUGCUGGCAGAUGUUCUGGCCCAGCAGCAACAGAAGAAGUAGCCCAGCCCAACUCCAUCCCCUUCCAGCAGACUCCUCACCCUCAGCUUCUGGCGGUUCUCAAAGUCUUGUUUGUUAUCCAUGUCCAUCCUCUCUCCCUCUGAGCCCCUGGAGGACAGGGGGUUUGCCGGGUCAAACUUUGUAGCC